UGAGCAGGAUACACUGAGAGAGAGAGAGAGAGAGGGAGAGAGGGAGGGGGAGAAAGAGGAGGGAGGCAGGGGUGGGCAAUGGGGGAGAGUGAAUCUCUCAGACCCUGAACAGAAGCUUGCUUCUCUUCAUCAUCACCGCUGCUGGUUCGCUGUCCCCUUUGCGCGGAGAGCAUUACGCAUCAGGGGGAGAUAAGGAGUUAGAAAGCUGCACCGCCUGCCGCGCUUUCGUUCUUAAAGUAUUUUCGGAAAAUCUUAAUCCGGACUGCCUUGGAUCUAGGAGCAUCAAACGUUAAAUGAGAACUCUGGAAAACUACUAAUUUCCCACAUUAUUGCUUUUUUAAACCACUGGAUCUAUCGCUCCUUCCAUAAGUCGCGCUCCUGUUCUUUAAAGAUGCCAUCCGGACGCAAAUCGUGCUGGAGGGAUUUGCAGGCGUCUUUUUUCAGACUGCUCUGUCUUAUCCCCACAGGAUUCCCUGUCCGGAGUGUGGAUAUGCAGCGGGCCACCGACAACAUCACCAUCCGUCAGGGCGACACGGCGAUCAUAAGGUGUUAUGUUGAUGACAAAGUGUCCAAGGUGGCUUGGCUCAAUCGAUCCAACAUCAUCUUUGCCGGCCAGGACAAAUGGUCCCUGGACCCCAGAGUAGAUCUGGUCACCAAAGGACAGCUGGAGUACAGCCUUCGCAUACAAAAGGUGGAUGUGUACGAUGAGGGCUCCUAUACCUGCUCCAUACAGACCAAGCAGCAGUCCAAGACUUCACAGGUCCAUCUUAUCGUACAAGUCCCAGCCAACAUCUACAAAGUGUCUGAGGACAUCAUAGUGAAUGAGGGCAGCAACGUGACACUGACUUGUUUGGCCAGUGGCAGACCAGACCCUAUAAUCACCUGGCGGCUCCUUAACCCCUCAGCGGAGCCACUGGACGGUGAAGAGUACCUGGACAUUAUAGGCAUCAUGAGGAACCAAGCAGGUCGUUACGAAUGCAAGGCCAGCAAUGAUGUGGCCACACCGGAUGUCAAAUACGUCAAUGUAGUUGUCAACUACCCACCCACAAUAAAGAGGACCCAGAGCUCCGAGACACCGGUGGGCCGCUUAGGAACACUGCAGUGUGACGCCACCGCUGUGCCUACCCCAGAGUUCGAGUGGUACAGAGACGAUAAAAGGCUGUCCAACACCCAGGGCAUUAAUAUCCAAAUUCAUGGCAUGACUACUGUUCUCAUGAUUGCCAACGUGACUGAAGAGGAUUAUGGGAACUACACCUGUGUGGCCUCGAACCGACUGGGUGUGCAGAAUGCCAGCCUUUUCCUCUACAAAACUGUUCCAUGAGGCAUGGGAUCCAUACUGGAAAAAAAACAACCCACAAAUAACCUUUUAACUCCUGAGACAUGGUAACAACUGUAACUUUUUAUUUUCAUUCAAUAUUAUUUCCCAUUUUCUUCUAUCAUGUGUAUGUGUGUAUUUCUUUAAUGUCUUUAUACCAUGACACUGUUAAAAAAAAAAAAAGCCAAUCAUUUUCAAUGUAUCCCGUUUGUUCAAUUUGGCAUUUGCUCUUAAUAUGAAGCAAUCAAGCUGUUUGAAUUUAGUGUUCUGUAUCUGAGUGUGAUUUCGGAUGUUGGAGCAAAUUCCAUCCGUUUCCUUUUUUUCCUCCUCUGUUUUUGAGUUUUUGAGUCUGAAGGACAGAGUCCUGUCAUGUUAAUCACCAUGCUACAUGCAAAUAAAAAAAUAUAUGUAUUG